CGCAAUCAAGCACACCCACCAGCAGCGAAGAAAACACCAACAAAUCCUCCGUUACAACAAAAAAACGAGCCGAGACAUGGGUCAAAGAAGAAACACGAACCCUGAUCACCCUCCGUCAUGAAAUGGACUCACUCUUCUUCAACACUUGAAAGUCAAACAAGCACUUGUGGGACCAGAUUUCGUGCAAGAUGAGAGAAAAAGGGUUUGAUAGAUCGCCAAACAUGUGUACUAACUUGUUGAAGGAGUUCAAGAAAGUCAAAGAACACAAUGGGGUUGAUUGUCAUAAUGGGUAUUUGGUUAAUCGUAAGAUGAUGCAGUUUUAUAAACAAGUUGAAGAGAUUAUUAGGAGUAGAAACAAGGUUGAGUCUUUUAUGCAGUUUUCUGCUAAAGGUGUAGAGGACACUAGCAUUGCAUUUGCACCUGUAGAAGAAGGUAAUGCUAGAGGCGCUCUUAAUCUAGAAAGAGGGUUGGAUCAAGAGGGACAUCCUCUUGCCAUCACUGCAGCCGAUACCAUGGCAGCAACUGGUGUUUCUCCAUGGAAUUGGAGGGAGACACCCGGAAAUGUUGCAGGUGAUCAGAAUAACAGCUAUGGUGGUAGGGUUAUUUCGGUCAAACUUGGAGAUUACACGCGAAGAAUUGGUAUCGAUGGUUCACCAGAUGCCAUUAAGGAAGCCCUCAAGUCGGCUUUCAGGUUGAGAACAAACAAAGGAUUUUGGUUGGAAGAUGUUGUUAAUAUCGUGAGGACAAUCGAUAGGGAUAUGCCUCUAGGAAACUAUACUCCUCAUGUUGAUGAAGGGCUAAUGAUCAAAGUCUGUUUCCACACCGAAGACAAGAUAUUUUACACAGAAGAUGAUUUUCGCGAUUUCUUGUCUCGCAGAGGAUGGAUUUGCUUGAGAGAAUUUAAUAGUUACCGCAACAUUGAAAAAAAUAUAAACUAAGAUGUAACUUGCUAUGAAUGGAAUCAUGGAUUUUGCUUGUGACAUGUGCAUAUUUUUUUAAUAUUAGGAAGUUGAUAGCA